UUUGAUCAGGCACAUGGAUCAGGCUCCUAUGAUUAUGUGACUGCAUCCUGUUGGGCAGUUGUUCGACUUUCAGUAGCUGAUGGAGGAUUGGAACUGUUUCGACGCAAAUUAAUGGCUGGAAUGACUCAUUGACUCUUUUUUAUUUGAUCAAAAAACAUGAAUUUCGUCAGAUCGCGCUUUUCCAUUGGCAACAUUUUAGGUCAGAGGUGCACACACGUUGCUGAAACAUGGAGCCACAGAGGGAUGUGCACUAAACCACAGGAGGUCAAAGCAGAGCCCGUGCCUGGAGAGCCUGUGCCUACAGUCCCAGCAGAAGCACCCCGUCCCGGGUUCAGAAUCCCAGGCUCUAGACCCUCGGAGCUGGACAAGAAGAUUUUGAUCUGGUCGGGACGUUUUAAGACCGCAGACCAGAUACCAGAGCUUGUGUCGUAUGAGAUGAUUGAUGCUGCCCGAAACAAAAUCAGAGUGAAAGCCUGCUAUAUGAUGAUGGCAGUCACAAUAGGGGCCUGUCUGGUGAUGGUGGUCCUGGGCAAGCGGGCUGCAGGCAGGAAUGAGUCCCUGACAGCUCAAAACAUGGAGAGGAAGGCCAGGUGGAGGGAGGAACUACAAAAAUAGGGGGAGCUGCUGUUGCCCGGUUUGAGACGGCUCAGUGAUGGAGGACAGCUUGUCCCUGCAAAACCAUGUAAUUUUCCCUAAAUACUGGGCCAGUAGUUUCCCCACUUCCUACUAUAUCUAUCACAACUUCAAAUCUCUCCACUCCUAUUCCUUUGGAGGAGCAGAGCAAACCAGAGAUAUCAAAGCACUUGACACUUAGUAGUACUUUUGCAACCAGCAGAUUGACUUUAACACACAGCUAUGGAUUAUUUAAUCAUUUUUGAAAUCAGUUCAUGAAUGUAUUGAGGUUAAAAACCCGUUCUUGAGGAAGCUGCACUAAUAAUUUGUGUGGUGGUAACAUUUGUUGUAUUAGAAGUCAGUGGAAACCUCAUACUGUAAUGCAGGUUUUAAUUUUUUUUAUAAAUAGCUAUUGGCAUUUAGAAAGCCAAAUGAUUUUUUUCAGACAAUAAAUCAGUUGCAGAGACCCACAAGUUGGGACUAAAGUACUCUUGUCAAUGCUUCAAGUAAACCUUCAACACGUAGCUCUCCAACCAGAAUGCCUUAGGUAUUCCUGUUUUUAAAUUUACCUCAGAGGCAACAGUCUACUUGUUUUUAUCCACCUUGUGAAGACACUUCAACCUUCAAGGGUUUCAGACGGUCUUCAGUUUUUGAAAGCGAAUAUCAAGAAGUGGCUCAGGCAUACAGUAUAUGAUCCAUCUGUACGAUGGUCUGUCCUGUCCCAAUACUCACGUAAUUAGGCUUGUUUGUCACAUCUAUGUUUGUAUAUAGUGAGCACCAAAAUAAUUCAUUACAAUAAAGUGAUGCUUCUUGAGA